UCAGUUGCGUGCGCGAGAGCUGCCCGCUGCCACUGAGACGCGGCGGUGACCCCGAGCGGAGCAGAGAGGAGCAGCGCGUGAGGACGUUCAACAGGCCAGGGCGCUGUUCUAUUAAUAUAUUAACUAUUAUUAUUCAUAAACACAGGCGUGUGUGGUGCGAGACAUGGCCAGAGGAAGCCGCAGCCGUCCCUCAGCUCCAGCCAGCCCGGCUCCAUCCCAUGCUCCGGCUCUGGCUCAUCCGCCUCCUGCCGCCCUGGCCCCGGCUGCUGCUCCAUCCCAGGGACCUGGCCUAAUGGCUCAGAUGGCUACUACAGCCGCGGGGGUGGCAGUGGGCUCGGCCGUGGGCCACGUUGUCGGCAGCGCCCUCACAGGAGCCUUCAGCGGCGGCAGCAGCAGCAGCAGCAGUCCAGAGCCAGCCAAGCCCUCAUACCAGGAGCCCCCCCGACCUGCUCCAGCCCAGCCAGGCCCCUGUCACUUUGAGGUCAGACAGUUCCUGGACUGUGCCACCAACCAGACUGACCUGAGUUUAUGUGAGGGCUUCAGCGAGGCGCUCAAACAGUGCAAGUUCUCCCAUGGUGUGACAUCACUGGUAUGAAGGACAGGCUUCAGCUGCCGUGACGACAGCUUUCAGUCCUGAAAACUCCCAUAGACGUGCGAUAGACAUCUGAACGCUGCUCCUCAGGCGUGGUUGUCCUGUUAGUUUUGUUGAUUGAUGGUUUAAUGAAAUAUUCCUGCUGAUGGACAGUGACCUAAUUUAAUAAAUAGCUGUUAUCUAUUUCUGUUAA